GAUUGCGUCAUCAGAAAGCGACGGUUCUCAGCUCUGCUUGUUUUCUACGCAGUUCGUCGCGAUGUGGAUUUAAUGGAAAUUUCCACUCCUUCUGAAUCAUCAUAAACACAUAUUCAGAUAAAAUUAUCUUAAAUAUCGCUCUUUAUACGGGAUCCGGGCACUCUGAGGGAGAAAGAGAAUCAAAUUCGUGUAUUUGAAGAGCGCUAUCUGUGUUCGUACAGCAACACUUUUAGUUUACUCUGCUCUUCGUCAGUGACUCGUUACAGAGGUUUAAUCGUCGUCGGAAAUAAUCACUAAACUAUCUGUGAUGGAGUAUCACAGUGUGGGACCCGGAGGGGUGAUAGUCUCGGGUAACAAUGUACCUGCGUUUCUGACCAAACUCUGGACGCUGGUGGAGGAUCCGGACACAGACCCGUUAAUCUGCUGGAGUCCUAAUGGCACCAGUUUCCAUGUGUUCGACCAGGGACGGUUUUCCAAAGAGGUUCUGCCGAAAUACUUUAAGCACAAUAACAUGGCCAGUUUUGUUCGCCAGCUCAAUAUGUAUGGUUUUCGGAAAGUUGUCCACAUUGAGCAGGGUGGGCUGGUAAAACCGGAGAAAGACGACACAGAAUUCCAGCAUCCGUAUUUCGUCCGUGGACAGGAGAAUCUGCUGGAGAAUAUCAAGAGGAAGGUAACAACGGUGUCGAAUAUUAAACACGAGGACCUCAAGUUCAACACUGAUGACGUGUCUAAAAUGAUCACAGAUGUCCAGCUCAUGAAGGGCAAGCAGGAGUCGAUGGACUCCAAGAUCAGCACCCUCAAACAUGAGAACGAGGCGCUCUGGAGGGAAGUUGCCACUCUGAGACAGAAACACGCUCAACAGCAGAAAGUCGUCAAUAAGCUCAUUCAGUUCCUGAUCACACUUGCGCGGUCCAACAGAGUCCUGGGAGUGAAACGAAAGAUGCCCCUGAUGUUGAACGAUGGUAGCUCCACUCACUCUAUGCCCAAAUACUCUCGGCAGUACUCACUGGAGUCGUCUCCUGCCAUCUCCCCCUCCAGCACAGCUUUCACAGGAACAGGUGUCUACAGCUCGGAAUCGCCUGUGAAGACUGGGCCAAUCAUCUCUGACAUCACUGAACUGGCGCAGUCCAACCCUGUGGCCACGGAGGAGUGGAUUGAAGAUAGAACAAGCCCAUUGGUCCACAUCAAGGAGGAGCCGUCUAGCCCCGCCCACAGUCCUGAGGUGGAGGAGGUGUGUCCUGUUGAAGUGGAAGUGGGGGCGGGAUUAGGUGUACCUACGGACACGCCCCUUUCCCCCACAACCUUCAUCAACUCCAUCCUUCAGGAGAACGAGCCCGUCAGCGCCCCAACCCCACCUCCCAACGAGCAGAGGUGUUUGAGCAUUGCCUGCUUGGACAAUUAUCCUCAGAUGUCUGAGAUCUCUCGCCUUUUCUCCAGCUUCUCCACCUCAGCUCUCCACCUCAGGCCUCCUCCCGGGACAGAACUAAGUGAUCAUCUAGAGACCAUUGACUAUGGAUUAGAGAACCUUCAGCAGAUCCUCAAUGCUCAGACCAUUAAUUUUGACACCUCACCUCUCUUUGAUAUUUUCACUUCAUCAUCAUCUUCUGAUGUGGAUCUGGACAGCCUGGCUAGUAUCCAGGAUCUUCUGUCACCUGAACCAGUGAAAGAGCCCGAAUCUAGUGCGGACACUGAAAAUUCAGGCAAACAGCUGGUCCAGUACACAGCUCAGCCCGUGAUUCUUCCCGACCCCGUCGCCACUGAGACCUGCGGCACCGACCUGCCCAUCCUCCUGGAGCUGGAGGACGACUCGUAUUUCGGCUCAGAACCAGCCGAAGACCCGACCAUCUCCCUUCUGAACUUCCAGUCCCCCGUACCUGAAGACCCCAAACUAUCAUAGAGAGAGAUGCUUUUAUAAAGGGAUUUAUGUCUGUGUGGGUUUUUUAAAUUUAAUUCUCUGCAUUUUAUUUUAUUUUUGGUCUUUUAUUUAACACGUCAGGGCUAGCCAUCUGAAUAUUACUCUGGUAUUUCCCUUCACUUUUAGCCUGGGAAAAAAAUUCUCUAAAAGCAAUAGAGAAAAUUCAGUAUUCCUUCCGUCAUAGAGUCGAAACAUCAAAAUAAGAUUUCAUUUGUUGGCUUGGUAGUUUCCUUGUUAUUCCAGCAGCGAGAGAACCUCAAUCUAAAUGUGUAGUGCUACAUAUAAUGUAUCGACCACGCUUCCUUCUUUUACUUGUCCAGAUUGCAACAAUACUCCGAGAUCUUUACUAAGCGACUCUCUUGCAGUCCAUCACCGCUGCAAAACUUCCAAGAACUCGUUAUACAUGUAGUUUCCUGCUUUUCUGGUUGAACGCUUGUCAUUAUUUGAUCUAGUGACCCCAGAUUGAUGUAUUCGAUGUCCGGGUCUCAUCCCAUAAAUUACGCCAAAUUUUCAAUUUCCAGGAGAUUUUCUUUGCGUUUUUUUUAUCUCAUGGAUAUUGAGGUUGAAACAACAAAAAAUAUGUAUAUAAAUAUUAAGAAAUGUCACUUCUGUAGCCAGAAAAUGAGGAUGAUCUACUCAGACAUACAUGCGACAAGCAACAAACAUGAAUGUUAUGUAAACUUGUCCAGCAUCCCACCAACUGCUUUCAAAGCCAUAGCUGUUGCUCAUCAUAUAACGUCUGAUCUUGGUUAGUGAUGAUGGGUAUGUAUUAUGACAAUGCCAGUUAAAGGUGCAGAUUUAGUGUCUGAAGAGAUGAAAAGUUCUAAUAAGACAGCCAAUGAUGCUGUAUAUAGGGCGUUAGUUUGAAUAUAUAAAUAGUUUGGAUUCUGUAUCGAUAAUGUGUUUGUUCUGACGAAACCAAUAUGUUUCAAACACAUUCAACAGGACUGAAUUACACGAUAGGUGUAUUAUAUAAUGACAGGUCAUUUUUUGCAUUGAUAACAUGUCUAUUACCUGAGUCGGUAACUGAUGAUCUGAUUUGAAGAAUUUGUGCAAUAAUUCAACUCUUAACCAGCUUUGACAGCGACACACACUGCUUUCUUUUAAUCUCUGUUUUGUUUGCUUUGCUAAAGGAAGUUGAGAAUAUAAUAGGAGAAUCUUGUGAAGAUCUUGUCUGGGCUUAUUUCACCUCAAAAUCUAAAAGAAAAAAAACAUUUUGGCAAGACAAAGUUUUUGCAUUAUGAAGGUUUUUUUUUUUAUGACAAUUAAGCUCAUUUUCUCAUUCAUUCCGAAAAGUAACAAAUCACUUACAAUUCCAUUUCAUGCAAUUAUUUUUAAAAUGACAAACACUGGCAUAUGAUGUACACUUUUAAGUGUACUUUAUCAUUUAAACCUUUAAUGGUCCUAAGAAAAUAUAAGCUUCAUUUUAUUUAAGCAAAAUAUAAAUUAAACUAUAAAAUAAAAUAUAUAUUUUCUUGUGAUUUUGGGUGAAAUGUAUGGAAGCUUGUUUACACCUGUUUACGCACGAUUCAUAUUUUUUUCUUGUAAUUGCGAGUUUAUAUCUUACAGUUCUGACUUUUUCUUUCAGAAUUGCGAGAUAUAAACUCACAAUUGCGAGUUAAAGUCAGAAUUGCGAGUUAUAGUCAGAAUUGCAAGAUAUAAACUCACAAUUGCGAUUUAAAGUCAGAGUUGUGUGAUAUAAAGUCAGAAUUGCGAGAUAUAAACUCACAAUUGCGAGUUAAAGUCAGAAUUGCGAGUUAUAGUCAGAAUUGCGAGAUAUAAACUCACAAUUGCAUGUUAUGUCUAAUUGCGUUCUCUCUCAAUUCCAUGUUAAAUCCGGAUUUAUAUCGUAAUUCUGACUUUAUAAGAAGAAAUUGCGAGUUUAUAUCUCGCAAUUCUGAGAAAAGUCAGAAUUGCCUGAUUAAAAACUCUCAAUUGUGAGGAAAAAAAAAACAGAAUUGUGAGAUAAAAAGUCAUAAAAAUUACAUUUUUUAGUUUUUUAUUUAGUGGCGGAAAUAAGCUUCCAUAGAAAUGUUACCCAGACUGUUUUGUGAGAUUCACCUGUGUAAAUUGGAAACCAAAAUACAGAUUUAAAAUUGUAUUUUUUGGUGUGAUUUGUACACAUGCUAUGCCCUAUAGACUUCUAUCGUUGAACACUUGUUUAUUUUUGGAUGGUCAGCGCAGUAGAGGAACUGGGAUGUCAUUUGUUGGUGAUUCUCAUCAUUUUUAGUCAUUGGAUGACUGUCAUAGCCAGAGAGACAUUAAUAUUAGGCAUAAAUUAUUUUAUUACGCAUGUGAACAACACUUUGUGUAUUGGUAUGUUUCAAAUAAAAUGUUUUUGAAAGUA